AUGCAUUAUGUUCUAGGAUUUGAAAUUAAUGCUGUUAGAGGUCCACUUGGUGGUUGGCACAUUGGCAUUGUUCCUGCUGGAGCUCAAAACAGUACUGGAGCUAUAUUGGGUGCCGGAGCAGAAUCAGGUAACGGAGCUCGAUUGUGGGCCGAAGAUGGAUCGGGUAGCAAAGCUAAAUUGGGUUUCGGAGCUGCAUUGUGGGCUGAAACUGGAUUAGGGUCUAGAACUGGAAAAGCUACUACAGCUGAAGUGGGAUCUAGAGCUGGAACCGGUUCUAGAACUAAAGUGGGUGCUGGAGCUGGAUCGAAUAGUGGAACUGAAUUAAUAGCCAGAGCUAUAUUGGGUAGCGAAGCUGAAUUAAGUGCCGUAGCUGAAUCAGAUGGUGGAGCUACAUUGGGGGCCGGAUCUGGAUCCGGAACUAACAGGUUAAAUAGUGGAGCUGAAUUGGGGAACAGAAAUGGAUCGGGUAGAGCAUCUAAAUUGGGUGCUGGAACUGGAUCGGUUAGCGCAGCUGAAUUAGGUGAUGGAACUGAAUCGAGUAGUAGAGAUGAAUUGGGAGCUAAAACUGGAUUAGGAUCUAGAGCUGGAACCGGUACUAGAACUGAAGAAGGUGCUGGAACUGAAUCGAUGAAGCUGAAUUGGGAGCUGAAACUUGAUAAGAAUCUAGAGCUGGAACAUGUACUAGAACUGAAGAGGGUGCUGGAACUGAAUCGAGUAGCAGAGCUGAAUUUGGAGCUGAAACUGGAUAAGGAUCUAGAGCUGAAACAGGUACUAGAACUGAAGAGAGUAUCAAGAACUGUAACAGGUACUAAAACUGAAGAGAGUGUUGGAACUGAAUCGAGUAGCAGAGCUGAUUUGGGAACUAAAACUGGAUUAGGAUCUAGAGCUGGAACCGUAUCUAGAGCUGGAACCGGUACUAGAACUGAAGAGGGUGCUGGAACUGAAUCGAGUAGCAGAGCUGAUUUGGGAUCUGAAACUGGAUUAGGAUCUAGAGCUGGAACCGCUGAAACUGGAUUCGGAUCUAGAGCUGGAACCAGUACUAGAACUGAAGAGGGUGCUGGAACUGAAUCGAGUAGCAGAGCUGAUUCGGGAUCUGAAACUGGAUUAGGAUCUAGAGCUGGAACCGGUACUAGAACUGAGGAGGGUGCUGGAACUGAAUCGAGUAGCAGAGCUGAUUCGGGAUCUGAAACUGGAUUAGGAUCCAGAGCUGGAACCGGUACUAGAACUGAAGUAGGUGCUGGAACUGAAUCAACUGAAACUGGAUUCGGAUCUAGAGCUGGAACCGGUACUAGAACUGAAGAGGGUGCUGGAACUGAAUCGAGUAGCAGAGCUGAUUCGGGAUCUGAAACUGGAUUAGGAUCUAGAGCUGGAACCGGAACUAGAGCUGGAACCGGUACUAGAACUGAAGAGGGUGCUGGAACUGAAUCGAGUAGCAGAGCUGAUUUGGGAUCUGAAACUGGAUUAGGAUCUAGAGCUGGAACCGAAACUGGAUUCGGAUCUAGAGCUGGAACCGGUACUAGAACUGAAGAGGGUGCUGGAACUGAAUCGAGUAGCAGAGCUGAUUCGGGAUCUGAAACUGGAUUAGGAUCUAGAGCUGGAACCGGUACUAGAACUGAGGAGGGUGCUGGAACUGAAUCGAGUAGCAGAGCUGAUUCGGGAUCUGAAACUGGAUUAGGAUCUAGAGCUGGAACCGCUGAAACUGGAUUCGGAUCUAGAGCUGGAACCGGUACUAGAACUGAAGAGGGUGCUGGAACUGAAUCGAGUAGCAGCGCUGAUUCGGGAUCUGAAACUGGAUUAGGAUCUAGAGCUGGAACCGGUACUAGAACUGAAGUAGAUGCUGGAACUGAAUCAACUGGAACCGGUACUAGAACUGAAGAGGGUGCUGGAACUGAAUCGAGUAGCAGAGCUGAUUCGGGAUCUGAAACUGGAUUAGGAUCCAGAGCUGGAACCGGUACUAGAACUGAAGUAGGUGCUGGAACUGAAUCAAUUAGAUCUAGAGCAGGAACGGGUAGCGGGGUUGAAAUGGGUCCCGGAGCUGAAUUGGAUGUCGAAGCUGGAUUGGAGGCUGAAAAUUUAUUGGGAGCCGGAGAUGGAAACGUUACUGGAGCUGAAUUGGAUGCCGGAGCUGGGAACGGUACUGGAGCUGGAUUGGGUACUGGAGCUGGAUUGGGUACUGGAGCUGGAUGA